GAGAGAAUGCAGGUUUUAAGACACCGGCAUUGGCUUCACUUGUCAGAUCUGGAGGUUGCUGCCAGAUCCAAACGGUGUCGCAUGUGUGACAUUUCUUUGGAUUUGCACUUGUUUUUGAAGUUUCGUCAUCUGCAGUCAUCACUCUUAUUUGUUCGCCCAUAGCAACCGUUUACCUGCAAUGCUAGCAGAGACGGGAUAAAACCUUGCAGCACUUCACGCAAAAUUCAAAUUGAAGAGCUGCACUAGCUCUGCUGGCGGGUGAUGGAAAACACGUAAGGAACUGUGCGCCGCUUGUUACCGCUUGCUAUCAAAUAAUAGUCAAUAAGGACUUUGAUCGUGGUGCUGCCGCAAAGACUGGUGGGAUGGCAUUAUCUCAUUUAAUUUGGUAAAGGAUGAUCCAGUGUAUCCUAUGCUAAAGGAGAUUAUAAAAAGGAAGCAUUGAAGCAACUUUCCUUAGCAUUUAAAGAAUUCUACCAGCUGUUAUCAGGGCUGCCACUUUGAUACGUCUGGGUCAUUUCACUCAGUUAAGAAUCUUCCCGAACAAAAAAGACUGUUCGACCUUUCCAUCAGUGAGCCAUAGGCUCAAUCACCAUUGUAUUACCUCAUUCGGCGAUGGAUAGUGACCUAACUGACAUAUAUUUAAACAAAAAGCUUUAUCUCAAUUGCAGAAGAAACUUAAACCCAAAUCCACCUCUGUUGCAGGAGGAGCAGAGUUCGAAGACAUUAAGCAAUCUGCAUUAACAGCUCCAAUUUUUGUAGAACAUUAUUGCUAAACCCAUUUGGAAAUCCAAUCUUUGCUUUGUUUCUGUGUGGAUUCAUGGACAAUGGAAUGACCCAGGCGGGUUAGAUGGACUUGGAGCAAGAGCCAAGGAGGCCAAGGAGGUCUCGAUCGUCGACAUGCCAAUUAGCAGCUCUUUUCCAGGAAGGAGUGGGCCUGCAGCAUCACAUAAGAAUGUGUCCCCCAGCGCAGUCUUCAAUGGCCUUCUUCAGAUUCAUAGAGGAUCUGUAACCACACAUGGCAUAGCUGAAGAAUUAUGGUUUGUUUGGACUUUACAGUGAAGUAGGACACAUCUUCUGUCCAGCAGUUCAGCUUUUGAAAUUUUCAUUUCAAAAGCUGAACUGAUCUUUUAAUAUGUGAUCACUGAAAGAAGUUGUGUCUUUUAGAAUUAAAAACAUAUAUAUGAAUAAGCUUUGUCCUGGAGUUUGGUUUGGAUUGCUUAAUUCUCGUUUUCAUAGAUUUUGUCAAGAUGUCUUUAUUAUUAAUAAUAAUUCCUAUUAAUUUUAAUGACAUAAUAUAGUCUUUCUGGCGCGUCACGUGACUAGGAGCGCGACUAUCUGCCCAUGUACAGUACGCAGCUACGGAAGCCUUAGGAGUUCACGCAACUAGCGAGCUAGCUUCCUGAAAAAUGGCCAGCUGGGGAAGGCUCAACGCCGUCUUGAGGAACGCUUUGAGGAGCCCUCGGUCUCUGAAAAGUUCAGCACUGCGCCGAGCUGUCGGACCCGGUAUUCUGGGGUCAGUUAUCGGAACUGGGGUUAUCUGUUAUUACCAGUAUCAUGCGAACAACAGGACCCUGCCCUUCGCCGUUCAUGCUGAGGUUCCAAAAGAAGCUGCUGCAGCUCCCAGGCCGUCCGCCAGAAAGAUCCGUUUCGACCAGUUCGCCUCGGUGGUCUACGAACAGGAGCCCUACAUGACCCCGAGAGACUUCCUGUUCUCGGUGAUGUUGGAGAAUGUUGACCGAAAGCUGCAGAAGAGGAAUUUAACAGCAAAAGACGUUGAAAGCAUGCUGGGGGCUGCCUCUAAAGCUCGGGCCGGUAACGAGCUGUUCAGAAUCAUCGGCGACAACGGUUUGAUAUCCUACACGGAGUACCUGUUCCUGCUGACCAUCCUGACCAAGCCGCACACAGGAUUUCACAUAGCUUUCAAGAUGCUAGAUAUUGACGGCAACGAGCACGUGGACCAAAAGGAAUUCCUCAAGCUGAAGAAUAUCAUUGGGAAAAGUAAAAUGAGAGUCCCUAAGGACAGCACAGAGAAACCAGCGGAGGAAGUGGAAAGCGCCAACACUACUCUGCAGGCCUACUUCUUCGGCAAGAGAGGAGAAAACAAGUUGCAGUAUCGGGAGUUCUGCAGGUUCAUGGAGGACCUGCAGGCUGAAGUUCAGGAGAUGGAGUUCCUGCAGUUCUCCAGAGGUAUGGACACCAUGCGAAGAGAGGACUUCGCCGAGUGGCUGCUCCACUACACCAACGAAGAAGACAACGAAAUCUACUGGCAAAACAUCAGGAGGAGGAUCCCUGCCGGCCAGAGUAUCACAUUUGAUGAGUUCAAAGCCUUCUGCCUCUUCAGUAACAACCUGGAGGAUUUUGCCUUUUCCGUGAAACUGGUGACUGGAGCCAACCGUCCUGUUGGAAUGGCCCAGUUCAAACGAGCCGUGAGGAUUGCCACAGGCCACGAUCUGUCCGAGAGCGUGCUGGACACGGUGUUCAAACUGUUCGAUAUGGACGGAGACAACUGCCUGAGCCACAAGGAGUUCAUGGGUGUGAUGAAAGACAGAGUGCUGCGAGGUCUGAGGGUGCAGCAUCAGAGCGGCCUGUCUGGCUACUGGAGAUGCGUGAAGCGAGAGACCCUGAAAGCAGCCCAGGAGGCCCUUGGGGGGAACACCGGGUGCCCCUUCUGAACCGCCGCGGUGCUCCACGUCAGACUCGACGGUCACUCAUAACCACUGCUCACUUUUGUAGCGUAUAACCACGUCAGGAAACAAAAGGAUUUACACCACUAUCUUGUGUAGAAAUGAUACGUGUACAGAUCAACAAUCUAUUGUCGGAUGUUAGCUUUAGAACGGGUUCUAGUUGUUUACAAUAAAGGAAAUGUAUUGUUUGGUGCAGUGAACUGGUCUUAGUACCUAAUCAAGUCGUGCAUUUUAUAUUGAGUGCCUCAUCGCUUUUAAAUGACUUUUGCAGUCGACACACUUCCACUUCAAGCAGUGUCUAGAACAUUCAGUUCCUUUUGGUUCAAGGGCUUGGUGCUGAUUCAGUGGACAAUAUGCUUUUAAAGGGUUGAUGGGUUUCACAUUUGUCAAAAUAUUUAUCAAAUAAAGUUUCAUGAAAACGCC